AUGCUUGCAGUUGAUGGGCUAGGCACUCCAUUGUCCUACAAAGCAACCCCGAGAUCAGUCGCUCCAGAAUCUGAGGCCCUGGAACCUGAACACUUCGAGUCCAAUGUUGCUGAGUCCGAAAGCCUCGAGACUCGUGACGACUCGGACGCGGAGAGACACCCACGAUACUUGCCUGGAGACGACCGAUUCAUCAGGAUGUGGACAAGGCCGUACAAGAAGCUGGUGUUCCCAAAAGACGGCGAUUACACAAAGGGGCGUCAGGAGUUAGACGUGUACAAACAAGUUGCGGUAGCUUUUGUGGGCGAUUACACUCUGGAGGAGCUUCGCAAAGCCUGGCUCAAGAUGCCCCUCCGCAGCAAGAGGCAACAUCUCACGCAGAUCCUGCUUGGUUGCCUUGCUGACGGUGCUCGGAGAACACUACUCAUGCUGUCUGUUCUACCCACAGUCCCUCGCGAUUGGACAACUCGAUGCGAUUGUCUUUGCUAUCUGGACAUGGUCUACCGGAAAGAGAUCGAUGCGGACCCCCAUCUUCAAGAACUGUUCGCUGGGCAAAUAGCUCUGGUCUCUCGCAUGUCCACCUGGCCCGAGGAGACGAUGCCGUUCCACUUCCUCGUUCUCCUCUUGCGGCACAAUGACGCCGAGCAUUGCGAAAAUAUCAUUGACACCCUCUUCCAGAAUUAUGCACCCUUGCCGCCGCGGCUGAUUUUAGUUAUGGUGGACCACUUUACGAAACUUGGCAACGCGGAUCGAGCAAUAGAACUCCUCUCAUGCAUCCCUCCGGACCAAAGGGAAGAACACAAAGUGCGGAUUCUUGACCGCUGCGCCAAGCUUAUAACCAUUGACACAGUUGAAGAAUCCGGCACUGUGGGUAACUUCAGGGCACUUCCUAAGUUGAUCGAACUUGGCAUGCCAAUGGAUGCGAAAGCGCAUAAUCUCAUCAUUGAGCGAGCACUUUCCUUAAACGUGCCGGACGUUGCGUGGGAAGUCUUCCAUUUCAUGGAAGCAAAGGAUAUCCAUGUUGACGAACGCAGCCACCUUUUCUUGCUCAAGGAUAGUUUUGAGCGACAGAAUCGGGAAAAACUGGAUGAAAUCAUGUCGGCUAUCCACCAACGCGAAGAUCUUUACAAGUACCCUUACUUGGUAACAUACAUGAUGCAUAUUGUUAGGGUUGUUUGCACAAUCGACCGCAAACUACCCGCUGGAAUAUCGGUAUCACAUCUUCUCGCGAUCUACGACAGAGCCUACGACAGAGCCCCACUGAUCAAGCUUGGUAUUGUGAAUCCUCUACCCGUUGACGAGUCUCUCCCCAAAAAGCUCAGUGAACCUCCGCCGGCCGUCCUCGGAUUUACGAUCUGGGCCUAUGUUCUCUGCCAACGGGACGAGCGACUCGUCUCGGCAUUGUGGUAUUGGAUAAUCCACAUGGUGAAACAACAGGACCCGAGUAUUCUCGAGUGCGCUAAACAUGACAUCAUGUACAAUGGUUUCAUCCACUUCUACGCGCGGAGCCGAUUUUUCCUGAGAAAAGCGGUGGACGUUGUUGAAGCCAUGAUUGAGCGCAAUCUGUGUGUACCCAGCGAGCGAACGUGGAGCGAAGUACUUUGUGGCUUCUUGCAACACGGUGAAGAAGAGGCUGCGGAGAAAAUCUGGAGGAUGAUGCUGGCACGAGAUGUUCAGCCGACCGAGAAGGGUUAUGCGUUCCUCUUGGGGAAGUAUGAUGAAAGUCAGUUUGCCAAGCUGGUCAGAUAUGUCUUGGAUGAACGGCGAAUGCCUGAUGGGCUCGACAUGACUCUCCAGUGGCAAGAUGAUACAAGUGCCGGCGCCGAAGCGGCAGGCACAGGAACUCUCGAACCCCAGCAAUCAAUCGCGGAUAGCGAGCAAGCUCUUGAGAGAGAUGGAAUCUUCGAGGAUUAUGGUUUCAGAGACGCCAUAGGAGACUCCGCCCUUGAAGGUGUUAAUAUGUACCAAUAG